UAAUGUUGUCUAAACGAAAGAAACUUUAAAGUAGCUCGACAAAUUUUCUUUCUCCAGUGUUGGACGGUACUCUUGGCCGUGUUAUGUGAACUUUCACCGUCCGACGUGACCGGGUGAAACAGCUGGUUCAGGCCUGUCCGGUUAACGUUUGGCUAGUUGGGAGGUAAACCAAACUGUACAAUGCAUAUGCUAGCGUCAAACGGAUCCAUAAUGGACUUGGACACGGAGUUGGUGAAAAUUAAAGCUCACUACUGUGGGGACAUGUUGAUCGCAGACUUGGCUGCCACGGUAACCUUUGUGGAGUUGUGUGAGGAGGUGAGAACGAUGUGCAGUGUUGCCAAGCAGCAGCCCAUCACGCUCAAGUGGAUCGAUGAUGAAGGGGACCCCUGCACCAUCUCUUCUCAGAUGGAGCUGGAGGAAGCGUUUCGUAUUUACAGUCGGACCAAGAAGUCUGGACUGCUGCUGCAUGUCUUCCCCAGUAUCCCAGAGCGGCCUGGCAUGCCCUGCCCUGGAGAAGACAAAUCGAUCUAUCGCCGCGGGGCCAGAAGAUGGAGGAAACUCUACCGAGUCAACGGACACCUCUUCCAGGCCAAGCGCUUUAACAGGAAAGCCUACUGUGGCCACUGUAGUGAAAGGAUAUGGGGGCUGGGCAGGCAGGGCUACAAGUGUAUCAACUGCAAACUGCUGGUCCAUAAGCGCUGUCACAGACUCAUCCCUCAGACCUGCCAAAGGCUUAUGGAUCCAGUCAUGCCAUCACAGGAGCCCCCUUCAGAUGCUAAGAGUGAAGAGGUGGACCUUCCACCAGAUGACACGGAGGACACAGAUGGGAUACCUUUUUUACCGCACAACUGUACGGUGGAUAAAACAGAAGAUGCAGAUACAGAGGACAUCAAAGCAGUAGUGGAUGGCAUUGAUGGCAUUAAGCUGUCCCAGGGCCUGGCUCUCGGGCUGAGUGACUUCGAAUUGAUCCGUGUGAUCGGGCGCGGAAGCUACGCCAAGGUCCUGCUGGUUCGGCUAAAGAAGAACGAACAGGUGUACGCCAUGAAGGUGGUGAAGAAGGAGCUGGUCCAUGAUGAUGAGGAUAUUGACUGGGUGCAGACAGAGAAGCAUGUGUUUGAGCAGGCGUCCACCAAUCCAUUCUUAGUAGGCCUCCACUCCUGUUUCCAGACAGAAAGUCGGUUAUUUCUGGUGAUCGAAUACGUGAACGGCGGUGACUUGAUGUUCCAUAUGCAACGGCAAAGGAAGCUUCCAGAAGAACAUGCAAGAUUCUAUGCUGCUGAAAUCUGUAUCGCUCUGAACUUCCUGCAUGAAAAGGGCAUCAUCUAUCGCGAUCUGAAGCUGGACAACGUUCUCUUGGACCACGAGGGACACAUCAAGCUCACAGACUACGGCAUGUGCAAGGAGGGGAUCAGACCAGGUGACACCACCAGUACUUUCUGCGGGACACCCAACUACAUUGCACCUGAGAUCCUCAGAGGAGAGGACUACGGCUUCAGUGUGGACUGGUGGGCUCUGGGCGUGCUCAUGUUUGAGAUGAUGGCUGGGAGGUCUCCAUUUGACAUCAUCACAGACAAUCCUGACAUGAACACAGAGGAGUACCUCUUUCAAGUUAUUCUUGAGAAGCCCAUUCGCAUCCCAAGGUCUCUGUCAGUGAAAGCUGCCAGCGUGCUCAAGGGCUUUCUAAACAAGGAUCCUAAGGAGCGGCUGGGUUGCCAGGUCCAGACGGGCUUCACAGAUAUCAAGUCACACACAUUUUUCCGCAGCAUAGACUGGGAACAGCUGGAGAAGAAAGAAGUGACGCCACCCUUCAAACCUCAAAUCUCUGAUGACUACGGCCUCGAAAACUUUGACACACAGUUUACUAAUGAACCAGUGCAGCUAACACCGGAUGAUGAGGACGUCAUCAAGAGAAUAGACCAGUCAGAAUUUGAGGGAUUUGAAUACAUCAACCCCCUGCUGCUAUCCACAGAAGAGUCUGUAUGAAGGAGAGACGAGCUUCCUCCUUCGCCCACCUACUGUCUGUCCAAGCUGCCGUCUCAGCCAAAAAAAACCACUCGCAAGCCAACGGAAAAGGCAAGCAGGAGGAAGAGUGAAGGACAACAGGGAGGAUGAACUCACUCUCUGGACCUGUCUACAAGGCAAAGCAAACAGGGGAACGGGAGAGUUUCCUUCCUGGACGAUUCAGAUUGUUGUGUCGUGGUACCAAACUGUUCUCUCUUGGUGUCCACAAGGAAAAUGAAGACAGUGGACUACGAGAACAUUCCGUGUCAUUUACACUGUCUUCCCCCCCUUUUUUUUUUUUCUUUUCCUCCUUCGGCUUCAUUCCUUUCUCCCAUCAGAAUGUCCAUCCUCAUGUCACAAAGCAUGACUGGCUUUGUCAUUUGAACAGAGAGCUGUUGUUAAUUCUGUGCCUGCCAUCAUGAACACGUUUUCGACCCGACUCACAUCCCUGGAUGAAUAUGACAGUUCUGCCCAAGAACUUGAAAUUUUACGUGCACUUUUUCU